AUGAGCAGGCAAGCAAGCAAGAUUGCCCAGCAGAACAUUGGCAACUGUCACAGGAGCUUGGCGGCCGACAGAAAUACCGGGAGUGUAAAAAAGACCGAGGUGGCGUGCUCCGACGAGCCUCCAUUCGGCGACGGUCGCGUACAGCUCGUGAGCCUGCUCAACGCAGCGGUCGCGGCGGCGGUAUACAUACUACACUACGAAAGCUUCAGGGUCACCGCCGGCGUCAUGGACCACUGGUGCAGCCGCCCCGAGGAAUUCGCCAACCUCAGCGUCAAGCAGUGGAAGGAGCUGGCCAUUCCCGUCGAGGAGGACGGCGUCUACAGCCGCUGCACGAUGCGCGAACCGCCUUUCGGCGGCGCGAACAACCGAGUCAUUCCCUGCGCUUCCUGGGAGUUCGACCUAGACAAGUACGGGAAGAACAUAGUCAGCGAGUGGGCGCUGGUCUGCGACCGAGCGUGGCUCAUCACGCUAGCCAGGCUCGUCUACGCCGCCGCCUGCAUCGUCUUCACGCCGCUGGUGUCCAGGCUCGCAGACCACGUUGGUCGCAAGCUGAUCGUUUUCAGCAUCAUUCCGGUUGUGCUCAUUACGGGCGUCGCCAGCGCCCUCCCGAACGACUUCCACUUUUUCGUCACCGUCCGCGCCGUCGUGUCGGCGGCGACUAGCAGCACAGUGCCGCCGGUAUUCGCGAUCCUCUGGGAAGUGAGCCCGCCGCGCAAGGCGCCCUUGUACUGCGUCGUCGCCAUUCUGGCCACGGUGGUCGUUGCCGACAGCGCAGUGUCGGCCGCGGAAGUGGUCAAGACCGGCUGGGCCACGCUUCAGCUAAUCCUAAUGGUGCCGACGUUUCUGCUGGUCGCGUUGUAUUUCACAUUUGAGGACUCUCCCAACUGGCUCGUGGCCACCGGCCGCGUGGGAGAAGCCGAACGGGUAUCGGUGCACCUGGCCAAGUCCAACGGAGUGACCGCGACUCGCUGCCGCGAACUGUUCGCCCUGCAGCUCAGGACGCGGCCGCGUGAUGAGGUAGAGACGGUAAAACAGAGCAACCCCUGCGGCCCGCGCCUCAGAAGCCGGACCGUUCUGCUCUUAUACAUGUGGAUAGUGUUCAGCUACGCGCAGGACAGCUACGUCACCAACGACGGAAUACCCAUGAGUGGCCCGGCAAAGCUUAUCGCCGCUGUCAUGUCCCUCAGCGUGUGCCUCUUGUUCACACGCUGGGUGCUUCAUUACGGCCCCAAACGCACCGUCGUCGCCAGCGGGCUCGUCUUCAGCGCCUCGUUGGCCGCCAUUACUGCCACUCCCGCGGACGAAGAGACGGUCCUACGCAAUGUGCUCAUCAUCCUCCUAAAUGUGAGCGGCUACAGCAUCCUCUCGAACUUCGGUAUGUUGACCCUCCAUCUGUACCCCGUCACUGCACGUUCCGUUGCCUUAGCCAACGCGAUCGCCUCCACCCGGGUGGGCGACACCUUAGCGCAGAUGAGCACCGCUCUCAUCGGGCCUGGGUGGCACACGGGAAGUGGCCUCGUCAUCGCCGCUGUGACUAUGGCGCUAUUCGUGAUAGCCGGCGAGCACCUUCCCGACGAGCACAGGACGGGUGCUUCCGCCGUGCCUCCAAGUCGCAGGCGCAGCUCUGCUGGCGAAGAACUAAGGCGGGCUUUUCGUGAGACUCUCAAGCCGCUGCACAUUAAACGCGCGAAGCAGGGUGACAGGAAGCCACGUAAAAAUUAA